CCAAUGUGUUCCAGCAUGGCCAUUGGGAGAGUGUUCCCUGCACUAUGUGUAGCUUUGCUGUGGUCAGGACUGGGUGCAGCAACAGAUCAAUUCGACGAAACGACAUCCAUCACUACCGCGACUCCAGAUCAAUUCGACGAAACGACAUCCAACACUACCGCGACUCCAGAUCAAUUCGACGAAACGACAUCCAACACUACCGCGACUCCAGAUUGCGUCCACUGUGUUAACAACACGCAGUGCGACACAGGGGCAGACAACAGCUCAUCCUGUCUACUGUGCGACCCUGUCACGGGCAGUUGCUAUGGCGACUGUGAAGAUGGUUGGUAUGGCGACAAGUGCGACAGGGAUCAAUUCAACGAAACAACAUCCAACAUUACCGCGACUCCAGACUAUGGUCACUCGCUGGGAUCAAUGACAAUCGCCAUAAUUACAUUGUCUCUCCUGCUGGCUGCCAGCGUCGCCGUCAACGUCAUCAUUGUUGUCAUAAAGAUUAAAAGAAAGUUCCGGAGGCCAAAGAAAAAAGCUGUGUUUGACCUUGUACGUUAUCGGAAUAACCCUAAUUUGGAUGUAAAUGUUGAAUUGACAUCCCACAAUACUGCCGAAUCCCUUGAGAAUCAACCCAACACGGCUCAACCAGAGCUGUUUGACGACGAGUACGAAGACUUGUCUCUGGGAAGUCAAAAAAAUGAUUAUGAAACACCUGUAAGUAAUAUCAAAGAGCAUAAAGAUCUUGCAAGGACAAACGCGAAUAUGUUAAAUCCGCCGAUGAGGGCUCCCGGAUCAAGACCUGAUACUCGUGUUAGUAUUCCAUCGAGACUUGCCGUUGAAUCUAGGCAGCAAGACGAUAUUGUUGUGCAAAGGGUACCCAAUCCAGUUCAACGUGCACCAACUGAGCCAUCUCUCCCAGUUCGUCCUGAAAGAAGUACGGGAAGUCCACACCCAGAACCUACAGAGAGUUCAGGCGCGGUAGAUAUUGCUUUCAGAGAACAAUUAGUGGCUAGAGAUUCUUUGGCCAUUCAUGCGCGCAGGAUGGGAUUGGACACUUCUCACAAGAGGAAAUCGGGAGCUUAUACCUUACCUGAAGAUGGAGCUAAUUACUCCGUCAGUGAUAUUGAGGAAACCUUCGAAAGCGAGGAAGACGAUGAUGAUGGACUGUAUGAGAAUGAGGUUGACGUCAUGAGUGCUGAGCACAAAAAGCAAGUGGACAGUGAAGAUGACAGCGAUCCUUAUGAGAAUGAGGACUUUAUCGAUACACAGUUUCGGCGUCUUAAAUACAAAUACAAAUUGUCAUCGGACGAUGGUGGAACAGUUGAUGAUGAUGGUGAUACUCCAUUGCAUGGCAGUGCCAAAGGAGGGGACAGAAGUGAGGAUGAGCAUGACAAACCUGAUGACACCAUAGGAGUGGCAUGUAUGGCUGUGCAGUACAACAGUAAUGAUCACUUGAACGACAUAGAAGAAGAAGAAGAAGAAGAAAGUGGAGAAGAAGAAGCUGAAGAUGGGGUAUUUGCUCAAGAAUCUGGAGGACGCAAUGAAGGAGUUUCGAGAAAUUCGGACCAGGAUUCGGACUUUGUACAUGUACGUUACAGAAGAGUUCAUGGUUUAGUUGUCAGUGUCGAUGCUGACAUUGAUGAUGAUGAUGGUGAUGAUAGGGAUCUGUAUGAAAAUGAAAUGCAGUGGAGACGCAUUAGUGGUGGAUGUGAUGCUGAAGGCGUUUCAGUCCAGAGGAACUUGGAUGGCAAAGCCGAAACAUUUGUUUCAGAUGUGAGUAGAGACGGUGGAGGAAUGGAUCAGGGAGAAGAGAAGGGUGCGUUUGUAGAAGGCUCGACGCAGUCUUUUACGGGAAUGGAUGGAGAAAUAAAUGAAGUAGAGGAGGAAGAACAGGAGGUGGGAGCUGGUACCUUGGAUGAUGUUGAUGGUAUUUAUGAUGAUGUGGAGCCAUACGAUCCUAAUAUAACCCCAAAGCAAACAAGCAUGUGGGAAACGUUUCCUUCUAAUGAGGGUAUGCCCUCACGUCUUGGUGGCAUUCCGUUAGAAUCACAAGCACAACAAACUGAAAUCGGUAGUGGAAGAAUCAACGGACAACCAUGGGGUGAUCUUCAUAAAGGCCAGAGUCUAGAAAAUGAAAGUCAACGAAACGGAUUUGCCGAUAAUGAACUUAAUCCACACAAACAAGUCCAUGGGUCCAUGCUCGAUAACGUCCCAGCCUCGCACCAGCACAAUGUCCGUUGGACAGUAGGUGAUUCUGAGAGUUCAGGACAAACCAAUGAAGAGGAAGAAUUGAAUGACUGGUCCCAAGCUCUGGACUCUGAUUUUCAACUAGAUCCUCGAGGACCUGUGGCUGUGUUUAAUUCUGAUUCUGAUGAAUAUGACGUGUAGCUGACUAACUGAAGAUACUUAUAACCUAUUCAGCAAUAUUUUUUCUUUAAGGGAGACUGUGCUCUGUGAUAGCUGAUUAACUGAGGAUACAUAUAACCUAUUCAGCAAUAGGUUUUCUUUAAGGGAGACUGUGCUCUGUGAUAGCUGAUUAACUGAAGAUACAUAUAACCUAUUCAGCAAUAUUUUUUCUUUACGGAAGGUUGUGCUCUGUGAUUCGUAUUCGGAUUAAUUUGACGUGUAGCUGAUUAUAGCUGAAGGUACAUUUCUGCUGACUCAGCAAUAGUCUGUCAUUAAAGGAAAGAGAGAACGAACAAAGGGAUAUUCAAGUUGAAAGUUGAUAAUGAUUUUGUGUGGAAACAAGAUUGUAGAAUUCACCAGUCCUUCAAUACUGAGACUUUGGACAAUCUGGGAAAGUUAAACUUGUGUACGUCAUAAUAUAAGAAAUCCGAUUACAUGGCGGAGCGUGUUGAAAAACUCAGAUCGAGCAAAGAAACAAGCUCAGUAAGAUCGUUCCUCGUUCCUACGGACAACAUGUUGUCGGCCAAACGGAAGAGUAAGACCUGUUAAGAAAAAAGAGCCUAUUACGGUCUAAGUGCUUGGCUGAAUUUUUGUGUGAAUAUGUAAAGGGUUUUUUCGUUUUAUUUAAAAGAAUGUUUGAUUGUAAAAUGCAAAACCUAAAUGUAUAUAAUUUGAGAAUUGUGUCUUUCCAUGUUUUAUGUGGCCUGUUGAGUUGCUUAAUAUUUAGCAUGGUCAUGCUUAUACGACUUUAAUUAAAGACCGAUAUGUGUAGAGAUGAAUCUUUGUUGAUUAAUGGUAGAAGAGGGACACAGAUGUGUCCUUUGAACUGUUUGUAAUGUUUCUUGGAAAAAUCUGGUUUAAACAAAGAAUCUUAUUCCGAUAUUCUUUUCAGGAAUCUAUGCAAGACCAACGAUGGCUAUAGAUUUAGUCCAGAACAAACUGUUAUCUUAUACUGGGUUAAGGGAGCUUUUUACUGAAUCCUUUAAGUCUUAUGUACCUGAUACAAAAUGCUAUGGUCUGCAGAGUUUCAGUGGUAUCCUAUAGAGGCAUCUGUGUUAGAUGUGGUCAAACGUCUUGGUAGCUGGAGGAGCGAGAAUGCCUUUGUUAAGGAUAGCAUUGAACAUAGACUGACGGUCUCUUUUUUUGUCUUCGAAUUAACGUUCUUUGUUUCCUCGUUCAGUGUAUUGUACAAUAUACCAUCAGUGGUAGCCUGCUUUGUUGUACAUGGGGGAAGGAGGACAAAUAUAAUUUCUUUCGUUUGAAGGAUGAAUUAGAACGAAAUUAUUGUCUCCUAACGUCGGAAAGCACAACAGAGGGAAGUAAUUUGUUAUAGGGGGCGCUGGUGCGAGUAUAAAAGUAAGACGGAACAUGAAACCUCAUGUUCUGCCGGUGCACUCGGGGCUGGCUAUAUCAAACAUGUGACAUAAAUUAUUUAUUUAUGAAGCUAAGUAUCUUCCCGAGGCAAGGGAUUAACUGACUAUAAAAGUCUAGUUCCAACCCUUGCCGAACUAGGCUGGAAUUAUGAUAUAUAUUUUGGCUGGACUAACGAGUCUAUUCAUAGUCCAAUCAAAAUCGCGUAACGAAAUCGACAUCCGGUUCGUAAACUGUCAUGCAGAUUUCGGUCGAUUGCAGGAUUUGAAAAGCAUGUGUACCGACAACUUAGCGUCAAAAGAUAUAUUCCGAUUCUUGUCCUGUUUUUAAUUAAAGUGCCCACGUGAUUUGAUGCAGUUCGCGAAGUAAGACCCAUUUCUUUACAUUAUACAUCUUGAUUCUCGAUCAGAUCGUCUUCACUGGGCGACGCUAUUUAUUUGAAGUAAAUGCAAGUUAUAUGAGAGAUGGAAACUGAUUGGUCAAUAGGAGGGACAUAGAAGGGACAUAACUCGUAAUAUCCACUGGUGGAGCUACGAUCGAGCCCAGAAAUACCAGCGUAGUCCGGCAAGGGCGGAAACUGGACUUUUAUAGUCAGUUAACUCUCUUGCCUCGGUAAGAUGGAAGUUGAGUGACGUUUGAAGCUUUGUGGUUUAUGCGCUUAAUAACUGCUGCUAUUCAUAUUUCAUUGACAUAUGUGAAUUUGACAAUUUCAAAUGAUGAUCAGGAUGUGGUGCUUGGUUUGCGUGUUUCUGGCGAGCCACUAGAAUACUCUGGUUGAUGGAUCGUUAGCCAUAGUUAUAACCUCAAGCAUUUUGUAAAAUUAUUGAUUUGGGACUAUACCCUGAUGAGUAUGCGUUGACGAGCCAGGAGAAUACAUGAUUAGGCGACGAUGUCUGUGUAUAUGCAUGUGUAUAUACACGCUUAAAAUGUUAAUCACCUUGUCUAUAUUAAUGUUAAUGAAGCUUUGUUGAUGAAGGUCAUGAUGACGAUGUUGAUGAUGUUGAAUGAAUAAACUGCAGUCAGUACAGUA